AUGGGAGGGAGUUGGUUUGUGUGGGUUGGGGGGGUGGUGGUUAUUGGAUGGGUAGAAGAUUGUAUUGGGGUGGGGGUUGUGGGUGGGGGUUGUGUGUGUGGGGGGGUAUUUGGUGGGAUGGGUUGUGUGGGAAGGGUGGUAUUUGAGGUGGUGGUUGGGUGGAUUAGGUGGGGGGAUUUGAUUAUGAAUAUAUUGAUGGGGGUGUGGGGGUAUUUGGAGGGGGUGGUUGUGAAGGGGUGUGGGGGGGAUGAAGAGGUGGUGUGA